UUGAUGUUGCCUUGAUGGCUUACACGGGUUAUACUGAGUCUGAAGGAGGACUGCUGCAGGACGGGGACCCCCCGCCGAAGUUGUCGACGCGCAGCUCCGCACGGACAGCUGCUCCUCACACGCUCAGCCGAGCCUCGGACGGGACGCCGGGAGGAAGUUAUGGUUGCCACACGCGCUCGCACCAUGUUAAGGAGACCCCGCGCUUUCAUCCAGUGUGGACAAUGAUCGCGACCAGCGGCGAGCUUUUCAUUAUGGUGAGGAGAUGUCUUCUCACUUUCAAACCGUUCAGGAUCUUUGUGGUGGGGAUCGGCUUCUUCAGCCUCUGCUUUCUAAUGACGUCCCUCGGGGGCCAGUUCUCGGCCAAGAGACCCGGAGAUUCCCCCUUCACCGUGCGAGCCGAAGUGCUUGGCGGCCAAGAGUCUCGCGGUGUGCUGAGGAAAAUCAGCGACAUGCUGGAGGUCAUUAUGAAGAGGAUGGAUGCUCUGUCCAAACUGGGUAACACCACAGACACCCACAGGCUGGAUGAGCUCAGCUCAGCCCUGGACAGGAUCCAGCCGAUAGGGCUCGUGGAGCGGAUUCAGGCCAUAGCCCAGAACAUGUCUGACAUGGCACUGAGGGUGGAGCAGAUCCUACAGCGCAGCAUGGCCAACAACAGAGUUAGGGAUGGAGCAUUAGGACAGUGCGAGACUCCUAAAGAUCCCCGUUAUCCGGACUGUCCCAGCAAGAUGGAUUGGAUGCGGGCCCGUUGGACCUCAGAUCCUUGCUAUGCCUUUUACGGCGUGGACGGCUCCGAUUGCUCCUUCCUCGUCUACCUGAGCGAGGUGGAGUGGUUCUGCCCCCCGCUGGCCUGGAGGAACCAGACUGCCACGCCCACCUUAAAGCCUCCGCCCAAGAGACAGGCUGUUUUCCAGUCCGAGAUCGGGACUCUGCUGGAGCAGGUGGGCACCGGGAAGGAAUCGCUGAGCUUCAUGAAGAGGCGCAUACGCAGGAUGGCGGCCCAGUGGGCCUCCGCCGCUCGGCGGCUGGAUGACAAGUUCCGUGCCCACUGGAGAGAGCAGAAAAGGAUUCUAGUGCACAUUGGCUUCCUGACAGAGGAAUCCGGGGACGUUUUCAGUCCCAAGGUGCUGAAGGGGGGCCCGCUGGGUGAGAUGGUGCAAUGGGCCGACAUCCUCACAGCCCUCCAUGUGCUGGGACACAACCUCAAGAUCUCGGUUUCUCUCAAAGAGCUGCACGGGUUUUUGGGCGUCCCACCGGGGAGAGGAAGCUGCCCUCUGACGGGACCUCUGCCCUUCGACCUCAUCUACACCGACUACCACGGCCUUCAGCAGAUGAAGCAGCACAUGGGGCUCUCGCUGAGGAAGCACAAGUGCCACAUCCGAGUGAUUGACACCUUCGGUACGGAGCCCGCUUACAACCACGAGGAGUACGCCACGCUGCACGGCUACAGAACCAACUGGGGCUACUGGAACCUCCACGGCCAGCAGUACAUGACCAUGUUCCCCCACACUCCCGAUAACUCCUUUAUGGGUUUUGUGGCGGAGGACCUGAAUGAGACGGAGAGACUGAACAUUCAGCGCAACAAGGUUAACAAUAUGGCCGUUGUGUACGGGAAAGAAGCCAGCAUGUGGAAGCUUCAAGGAAAGGAAAAGUUCCUGACCAUUCUGCAUCGCUACAUGGACAUCCACGGGACGGUGUACUACGAGACGCAGCGUCCACCGGAGGUGCCUGCCUUCGUCAAGAACCACGGUCUGCUGCCUCAGCAGGAGCUGCAGCAGCUCCUCAGAAAGGCCAAGCUGUUCAUUGGGUUUGGCUUCCCCUACGAAGGUCCCGCCCCUUUGGAGGCCAUAGCCAAUGGCUGCAUCUUCCUCCAACCCAAGUUCAAUCCCCCUCACAGCUCUCUCAACCAUGAGUUCUUCAGAGGAAAACCCACCUCCAGGAAGGUGUCCUCUCAGCAUCCGUACGCGGAGCAGUAUAUUGGCAGACCACACGUCAUCACCGUUGACUUCAAUAACUCUGAAGAGUUUGACGCAACCAUCCGUGAGAUCAUGAGGAUGAACGUGGAGCCGCUCCUGCCCUAUGAGUACACCUGCGAGGGGAUGCUUGAAAGAGUCCAUGCCUACAUUCAGAACCAGGACUUUUGCUCCCCCCAAGCUCCAUUUCCUCCAGCGAACUCAUCUGGGGCUUGGCUGGGCAGCCCUCCCAGUCCUUUCAUCCUCCUGCCCAACUCCAGCAUCCUGACCUGGGCCGCCAACGCCAGCUUCUACACAGCCUGGCCACCCCUCAGUGCACUGCGGCUCCUGGCUUCAUCCGAGGGCCAGUCGUGUGUGAUGGCUUGCCAGAGUGCAGGACUCAUCUGCGAACCAGCCUUGUAUCGCUUCAUCAACAUCAAGGAGGCCUUCAGUGGGCUGGACUUCCAGUGUGAGGGAGUGGAGUUCGAGAUGAACCACCUCUUCCCUGCCUUCUCAGCGGAGCAUGCUGAAUGUGGCCUGCAGCAGGAUCCGCUGCUGUUCAGCUGCGCCGGCUCCAGCGCCAAAUACCAGCGCCUUUGCCCCUGCAGGGACUACCGCAAUGGCCAGGUGGCUCUGUGCAGGGACUGCCUAUGACCACGGGGGGGACCUGUGGAUGGAGAGCAAGGUCCUGGCUGCCUCUUGAGACUCUCUUUGCUGUCAAACUCAAACAAUGACUCUGCUCCCUUACCUCUGACCAAGGGGGCCGGCUGCCAAAGUAGGUAUAACCUCUCAGGGAACUGCAUGAUUGUACUUUGAAUGGGGCGGGUUCGAGGCCUCAGUUUAAAAGGUUUACAUGGCUGCAUUAGGACCACAGUCUUUACAGAAGUCAUGCUGAAAUGUGCCAAGUGAUGGAUCAGUUAGAUUAGCGAAGACAUCAUGAGCAAUCAAAAGGAAAGCAUUGAUUUAAAAAAAAAAAAAAAAACAUGUUUCAAAUGCUUGAAUUUCACAAGUGUGUUUACUCAGUGUUGUGUGAAUACGUACAGUAUCAUAGUGGAGUUUGGAUAUUUGUACUAGAUGCACCCAAAGCCAUUUACACCAUGUUGAGAUGUACUAUUUUACAUGUUCUGUAAUUAAUAUAUUUGUACAUAAGUGUUGUUUAAUAAAACACAGGAGAAGGAGGAAAAA